AUGGCUCCCUCACAGCACAAAAUCUCUGUCUCAGACACCAACGAAGGCCCCGUGGUGAACAUCGCGGCAUGGCUAGGAAUGACAGUAAUGAUUAUUGGUGUGUUUACACGAAUUGGGUCGAAGUUCAGUAUCGUGCGAAGGUGGACCGUCGAUGAUACCAUCAUCUUUGUUACGAUGGUCUUUGCGAUUGCUCAUACUGUCACAUUGUCUAUGAUAGUCUCAAAUGGUCUCGGUCAGCCCCAAGAAAAUCUGACCGAAGAAAUGAUCACAAAUUUUCAAAAGUUUGGUUACGCAUCGCAACUGCUCUACACACCGACUCUUUCGCUAGGAAAACUCUCCACGCUCUUUUAUCUCAGAGCUUUAGCUCCAGGCUCACACUACGCAAUUCUCAACUUGGUCCUUGAAGGAGUCGUCAUUCUCUGGGGCAUCAGCGCGGAGUUUGCAACUGCUUUUCAAUGUACACCUACUCGUUGGGCAAUAAUAACGUCUCGAUGUUUUGAUACGAUUUUAUUCUGGAAUAUCAUUGGUGCUUUCGACAUUUUGACAGAUAUCAUUAUCGUUAUUCUUCCAGGAUAUCUCGUAUGGGCGCUUUGCAUGCCACGAGGCAAGAAGUUCGGCGUCUUUAUAGUCUUCGCAACCCGAAUAAUAAUCGUACCGCUCGCAAUCUUCAGACUCUAUCUCCUAUCAACAACUAGCUCCCCUUCUCAACCAGACCAGACCCUCUCCUCCUACCACGCCUACCUGCUCACCACAAUCGAUCUCAACACAGCAGUCUUCGCUGCCUGUCUUCCCUUCCUCAAACCCUUCAUAGAAAACCUGUCCUCAGGCGCCCUUAGCUCUUCUAUCGAACCAAUGGACAGUUCCUAUUCUUCCGGUCUUAGCAGCAAACUCAGUACCUUCCUAUCAAGCUACACCAGCACUAAGACCCCAACCCGUCCCAGCGGCAGCAUCCGCAUGUCCAGCAUGCCCUCAGAACCCCCAGUCCAGCCUCGCAAGAUGCACAGCGAAAUAUCCCCUUCAUUCUCUGACUUCCAUUACGGGGCGCAGAGCAUUCCUAAACUACGGCCUGAUAAUGUGGGGAGCGAGAGUUAUGCAAGGCGAGCGACGCCGCGGCGGAGGAGCUCGGUGGGGAGUGAUAAGAUGAUUAUUACGAGGACGAGGGAGUGGGGCGUUAAGGAGUCUGAAGAUGAGAGGACGGAUGGGUAUGUUAGUGAUGAGGGGGAAUGGGCGGCGGGUGGGAAUGGGGGCCGUUAUGCUGUAUGA